AUGGUGUCUCAGCCGCACGCACUGGUGAUCCCGUACCCCGCGCAGGGCCACGUGAUCCCGCUGCUGGAGGUUGCUCACGCGCUGGCCGACAGGGGCUUCGCCGUCACCUUCGUCAACACCGAGUUCAUCCAUGCCCGCGUCGUUGCCGCCGGCGCCGGGUUAGAGGACGGCGGACGGGUCCGGUUUGUGGCCGUGCCGGACGGCAUGCCCCCCGGGGACGACCGGGCCGACCUGGUGAAGCUCACCAUUCUCAUGGAAGACCACAUGGCUCCGCGGGUGGAGGAGCUUGUCCUCGCCAGUGGUGAGGGAGGCGGGGCAGGAGGCAAGAUCACGUGCAUGGUGAUCGACUACAACGUCGGGGCAUGGGGGUUGGACAUCGCGCGGAGGACCGGGAUCCGGUCAGCAGCCGUGUGGCCGGCAUCAGCCGCCGUCUUGUCGACACUGCUCAGCUAUGACAAGCUCAUUGAUGACAACAUCAUCGAUGCCGAAGACGGGUCUGCACUAGGUGAAGAAACUUUCAAGCUAAGCUCCGACAUGCCUCCCAUGCGCAGCGCCCAUCUCGCAUGGAACUGCGUGGGCGAAAACGACCAGCAGGCGGCCUUCUUCCAGUACAUCGUCGCGGGCGUCCGGGCAGUCGAACACUGCGACUUCCUCAUCUGCAACUCCUUCCAAGACGCGGAGCCGGCAGCCUUCUCGCUCUUCCCUAACGUCCUCCCCGUCGGCCCGCUCCUCACCGGCGAGCGCAGCGGCAAGGCCGUCGGCCACUUCUGGAAGCCGGAGGACGAGGAGUCCAUGUCCUGGCUCGAUGCGCAGCCGGCGAGAUCCGUCGUGUACGUCGCAUUCGGCAGCUUCACGAUGUUCGACCGGCGCCAGUUCGAGGAGCUCGCCCUGGGGCUCGAGCUCUCGGGCCUGUCAUUCUUGUGGGUGGUGCGCCCCGACAUUCUCCAGGGCGGCGCCGUGCACGACUACCCGGAGGGCUUCCUGGACCGCGUGUGUGGCGCCGGUGGCCGAGGCAAGCUCGUGGCGUGGUCGCCGCAGCAGCGCGUGCUGGCGCACCCGGCGGUGGCAUGCUUCGUGUCGCACUGCGGAUGGAACUCCACCAUGGAGGGCGUCCGGAACGGCGUUCCUUUCAUCGCGUGGCCCUACUUCGCGGACCAGUUCGUGAACCAGGUGUACAUCUCCGACGUCUGGAAGGUCGGCCUUAAGGCUGUCGCCGACAAGUCCGGAGUGAUCACGAAGGAGCACAUCGCCGGCAGGCUGGAGGAGCUCAUGGGGGACGCCGGGAUGAGAGAGCGAGUGGAGGCCUUGAAGAAGGCGGCGCAUGAGAGCAUUCAAUCUGGGGGAUCCUCACAUGGAAACUUCGAUACUUUUGCAGAGGGCAUGAAGAAAGCAUGA